AUGGCGAUGGGGGAAUUGGUCCAAAAGAAAACCAGCACCACUACUAGUACUGAUACUCCAUCUCCAUCUCCAUCUCCAUCCAAACCCAAAACUAAAUGUUUCCUCGGUUGCUUGGGAUUUUCCCGGAAAGUGAGCAGCAGCCGGCCUACAACUAGCAGAUCAAAGUCGUCGUUACCGGAAACCGAUUAUAUCCGAUCCCAUCAUGAUCAUGAUUAUCUUCAUCAACAACACCAAAUUAAUAAGUCUAAUGAUAUCGAGAUGAAAACGAGCACUAGUAGUCGACGCUGGUACUUGAUUUCUUGGUCAAGCUGGAGGUUUUGCGCCAACAAGUCGGCCACCAAAACCGUCCCCAUCGACGCCUCCGGUACGGGGACUGGCAAACGGCAAGUUAAAUUCUCUUUGAAGAAAACAAAGUCAAAGUCAAAGUCAAAAUCUGAGUCUGGUAAGCUCGUCUCCAACGCCGAACGUACAGUCUCGGUCACGGACGCAAAGCCGCCGGGUGGCUCAGGUCAGAGAGAGGAUGUGGUGCUGCUGUCUCCAGUCUCAGACCCGGAGCAGACCCAAAAACCACCUCCACAGACGACAAGCAACACGAUCAUCCUCGAAAAUAGGAGGAGACAAUUGGAGUCUUCCAAAGACGACACGUGUCAAAAGCGGUUGUCAUUUUGCCGGAAAUUUGAUUCUCUAAGAUCGGGAGGAGGAAGCCAACCCGGUUCACCGGUUAAGCAGGAGGAGAAGAAGCCCAAAUCCAGCGGUCGUCGAACAGCCAGCAGCGCGGCGAAAGCAGAUGAUGAUCAUCAACAUCAGCAUCAGGCCGUGGUAUUAAUGGCGAGCAAUAAUAAUAAGAAGAAGAAGAAGAAUUUGGACCCACUGGUAGCCACUGCCACUACCACUGCCACCGCUAGUAUUAUUUCGGGCUUGGAUUUGAAUUCCGAGGAAUACAAGAAGAAGGUGGUCUUAGAGGGAUUCCUUGAAAGGAAUAAUCACCGCAAUAAUAAUUGA